AUGUAUUCUCCUGACCAGUUCAUGAACCCCGGUCCGGCUCCUCGCCCGCCCGCCGACCGCCCCAAGUUGAAUCUCCCCUCGACCCAGUCGGCGGCCACCUCGUUCGGCCAGAUGAGCCUGAACUCGCCGAGCACCCCCGGCUCCGCCAACCUGUCUCUCUUCCCGAAUACCAGCUCGCCUGCACUCUCGCAGACCAAGACCAACCAGUCGUUGCAGGGCGGGGUCUCCGUCGUCAAAGAGGGCUAUGUGCGCUCCAAAGAGGAUAAGUUCCUGGCCACCUGGAACCAGCGCUAUUUAAUCCUGCGGGAGUUUCGCCUGGACUUCCUCAAGAACGAGACCGGCAAAGUCGUGCUGUCCAUCCCGCUCGCCACGGUCACCGGCGUCUCGCGCUCGGAAGACACCCGCAUGGCCUUCGAGAUUAUCCGUCUGGCCAACCCCAAGGAUGCAACCUCCAAAUCGGCUCUGAUCACCCGCGACGUGCCCACCAAGAGUAUCACCUGUGAGGUGAAGAGUGACGACGAGAUCUACGACUGGAUCGAUAAGAUCUACGAGCGCUGCCCCGGCAUGGGCGGCGUCAGCAACCCGACCAAUUUCAGCCACCGCGUCCAUGUGGGCUUUGAUCCCCAAACGGGCGCCUUUGUGGGCCUGCCUCCGGAGUGGGAGAAACUUCUGACGGCGUCGGCCAUCACCAAGGAAGACUACAAGAAGAACCCGCAGGCCGUCAUCGAAGUGUUGGAGUUCUACUCCGACAUCAAGAUGCGCGAGCAGAACCCCCAGUACUACGCGGGCAUGGUGUCUUCGACGGGCUCGAACCAGUCGUCGAAGCCCUACAGCAACAGUUCCGUGGGCAGCUCUAUUGCGCCCCCGCGGCCGCCCCCGCCCGCGCCCUCGCAGCGCCUGGACAGCGGGCCCUCGAGCCGCAUGUCCCCCGCCCAGUCGCAGGGCAAGCCUGAGUCGGACCGGGCGCUGGAACAGCAGCAGCAGCUGGAGCGGAUGAAGGAGAUGGCAGAUCAAGAGCGCCGCCGAGUGGAGGACGAUGCCAGACGGGCUCGCGCGCGCGAGGACGAGCAGAGCCGGCUCGACCAGGAAGCAUACAAUGCCUCUCUCCCGAAGACCCGUGUUCCGCUGGCCAAGCAGGAGCUGGGCGGUUACGGCGGCUCCGAACCCUCGAUAAACGACCGCUAUAAGCCGAGCCGUCCGGCCCCGCAGGCUCCAGGCUCGACCCGGCCGCAAGACCGCCAGCUGACGGCGCAACGUCCGGCUCCGCCGCCUCCAACUGCCUCGAGCCAGGGCCAGCGGCCUGGAGACUACGGGGCUCGGGCCCCCGGCGCUCGACCGGACGACGGCUCUCCCAGCUCGCGCUACCCCGGCCAUGACCCGCGGGCUCAGCCCUCGGCGGCGCGCGCCCCGAACAACGCCAAGGGUCCGCAGGCCCAGGGCCCGCCUCCGACGAAACUGCCGGCCCCCGUGCAACCCGUGAAGCCUCUGAACAUCGCCAACAAGCAGCCCUCGAACAAACCCACCGUGCCCGAUGGCGUUCGCCAGGCCGAGGCGGCCUUGACCAAGAAGCCAGAGCCUCGGCAGAGGGAAGUCCGCAUGUCGAACAUGAGUGAAAAUGAAGUGAUGGAUCGACUUCGAUCGGUGGUGUCCAAGGACAACCCCAACGAGUCUUACAGCAAGCAGCGCAAGAUCGGUCAAGGCGCCUCGGGCUCCGUGUACGUGGCGCGGGUGAAGGAGCAUGCCAUCUCCCCCGUGGCGCGGGAGAUGUACCGGCAGUACGGGCCCCGGUGUCAAGUGGCUAUCAAGCAGAUGGACCUGCGCAGUCAACCUCGGAAGGAGUUGAUCGUCAACGAGAUUAUCGUCAUGAAGGACAGCCAGCAUGCCAACAUUGUCAACUUCCUGGACUCCUUUUUACAGGAGCAGAGCAAUGAACUCUGGGUUGUCAUGGAAUUCAUGGAGGGCGGUGCUUUGACGGAUGUCAUUGACAAUAACCCCGUCAUUCAAGAAGAUCAGAUCGCCACGAUAUGUGCCGAGACCUGCCAAGGGCUGGCUCAUCUACAUAGCCAGAAUAUCAUACAUCGAGACAUCAAGAGUGACAACGUUCUCCUGGACCGCGCCGGCCAUGUGAAGAUCAGAUCCGAUGCUAACCACAAUGUUUUUUUCCCCUACCCUUUAGCCGAUUUUGGAUUCUGUGCCAAGCUUACUGAGUCGAAGAGCAAGCGGGCCACGAUGGUUGGUACUCCGUACUGGAUGGCCCCGGAGGUUGUCAAGCAGAAAGAAUACGGCCCCAAGGUCGACUGCUGGUCGUUGGGAAUCAUGGCCAUCGAAAUGAUCGAAUCGGAGCCGCCCUACCUGAACGAAGAGCCGCUGAAAGCCUUGUAUCUCAUCGCGACCAACGGCACUCCUCGCUUGAAGAAGCCCGAGAAGUUGAGCAAGGAGCUCAAGUCCUUCCUGAGUGUUUGUCUUUGUGUCGAUGUCCGUAGCCGUGCAACGGCCGACGAGCUAUUGGCCCAUGAGUUCCUAAAGUCGGGUUGCAGCCUGGCCAGCCUGGCCGAAUUGCUCCGCUGGAAGAAGAACAAUGGACAGUAA